CUUUUCUUACCACAAUGUGAUCAAGUCCUAUGCCCUAACAAUACCAAGUCUUACACACAGGUCAAGUGACAGCGAGCUCUUGCUCUCACGACACGUUGGCCAUGAAUCUGUUCCCCAAGCAUCAGUUGCAACCCAUCAAGGUCGAUGAAGAUGGAGCCUGGAACUUCUUCGACGGGGCGCUGAAGACGUAUUUUAUCGGCUCAGACGGGACUGGGAACUUCACGUCACGUCAGAUUUUCAAGCACUCAAACCCUCAUACAGGAGCUGGGAGAGAGUCUACGGCAACCCCUCCGUACCAUUGGCAUAUUCAUCAAACCGAGACCUUUGACGUCAAAGCUGGCGUUCUCUGCUACGACUUGGAUGGUAAUCAAGGCAGACUCCAAGCCGGAGAGUCAGUUACCAUCACUCCUGGUCGUCACCAUACGUUCUGGUCCGACCCGGAGGUAGGUCAAGACCUAGACGUCCACAUCACUGUCAACGGGGGACCCAAUCCCGGGUUUGACGAAACAUUUGUGCAUAAUUUCUAUGGCUACCUGUCCUCUGUAACCAUGCAAGGACUCAAGCCAAGCAUCUUCCAGAUGCUUGCCUUCAUGGACCACGCGGAUGUCGUGCUGGUUGAUUUCCCUUUCCAGACUGGCCGUCUGGCCAAUCUGGUUCUUGGACGGUGGAUUGGCUGCUACAUCGGAGGCUAUGAUGUUGAGUAUAAGGUUUUUGGCGAGAAAGCAGCAUGAGUCGAGCGACUACUCCAUGUUAUUUAAUUUGUGUAUUUGUACGAGUUUGUUUCUCGAAAAUAUAGCCCAUCCUUUGGUGUCAAUUU